UUGCCCAUCUUCCUCCUUCUGGGAGAAGAGGAAGAAGGGAAGUUAUUGUGGAGUUGAUGAACUUUGCACAUCCAGAAACGCCAUUUUGAUUCCUUUUCCGGAACAACUUUGCAUCUCUCCUUUUUUUUUCCUCUCACUCUCUCUCUCUCGCUAAAGCCCAUCAGUCACCAUUAAAUCAUGUCUCGGCGCAAACAGCUCUGCCCAGUAGAGUCGCUAACCGUUGCCCUUUCUCUGUGCUCCAACCUUUGUGGCAUUGAGGUGUGACACUGUCCAUCAGCUCCUCUCCUACUGCAUCCAGCUAGUGUUAGCUCUUCAGUGAGGUUGGCUGGUUCAAUCAAAAGCAAGAAGAUAAAAGUAUUAGUGGUUCUGAGAGUGAGGAAGAAACUGAGAUAAACAAAUACAUUAGCCUGCCACUUUCAGUGGAAGGUAGCUUUCAAAGAAGAAAAUCUUGUCGUACAUCAGUUGGAGAAGAUGAAGAUCCAGCAAAAAGAAGCCUCAGCUUAAACUGUAGCCCUAUGACGUCAAAGUCACCCAUCAGCUUAGAAGGUUCAGAUUUAUCUUCCAUCAAUACCAUGAUGUCCGCAGUAAUGAGUGUGGGGAAGAUUGCAGAGAAUGGCGGCAACUCACAGGCCAUCAAAUCCCCAACAAAGUCAUCAGGACCGAAUCGGAUUGGCAGGAGGAACCAGGAAACUAAAGAGGAAAAGUCUUCCUAUACUUGUCCCUUGUGUGAAAAGAUUUGCACAACUCAGCAUCAGCUAACUAUGCACAUUCGUCAGCAUAACACAGACACUGGAGGGACAGACCAUUCCUGUAGCAUCUGUGGAAAGUCUCUGAGCUCCGCAAGCUCCUUGGAUCGCCACAUGCUGGUACAUUCUGGUGAAAGGCCUUACAAAUGUUCGGUUUGUGGACAGUCCUUUACGACCAAUGGAAAUAUGCACAGACAUAUGAAGAUUCAUGAGAAGGAUCCCAACAGUACCACGACCACAACACCCCCAUCCCCACUGAAACGCAGGCGGAUGACCUCCAAAAGGAAACUAAGUCAGGAAGCUGACUCGGAGAAAGAAGAGCUAACACCUGCCAAGAAGGUGGUAGAGGAUUCUCUAUCAGGUGAUGCAGAGAAGAAAACAGAUGAAGUUUUUCACUGCCCAGUGUGUUUCAAGGAAUUUGUUUGCAAGUAUGGCUUGGAGACUCACAUGGAGACCCAUCCCGAUAACUCCCUGAGGUGUGACAUUUGUUGCAUUACCUUCCGCACGCAUCGGGGAUUGCUGCGUCAUAAUGCAGUUAUCCACAAGCAAUUUCCAAGAGACCCGACGGGAAAGCCUUUUAUUCAGAACAAUCCUUCGAUUCCUGCUGGCUUCCAUGAUUUAGGAUUCACUGACUUCUCUUGUAGGAAAUUUCCUCGCAUUUCUCAGGUCUGGUGUGAAACAAAUUUGCGAAGAUGCAUCAGUGAAUUUCAUCGUUUUAUUUGUGAGACCUGCAAUAAGGCCUUCCCCAUGCUUAAUGCACUCAAACUACACACACAGACCCAUGUAGUAGGGGAUCAGGGGAGCGAAAAGCACAGAUUACAGUCAAAAUCCUCGACUGAUGAAAGCCCUGACCAGAAAGCCUUCAUGGCAGCCUUGGGCCUCCAGUCCACCAAAGACCUCCAGCCUACCCCCCAGGAGGAUCCCGUGCUGGAUGACAACCAAGCAAUACAGCUCGAAACCCUGAAGAGCGGCCUACCUCAGGAGCCCGGCAGCACCAGCUUGCUCACGUUGUCCCCUCUUGGUGCAGCUUCCCUGGGAGGUUCCCUCACGGUCCUCCCUCCAACCAAGGAAAACAUGAAGCAUCUAUCCCUUCAACCCUUCCAGAAGGGAUUCGUCAUCCAGCCUGACAGUAGUAUUGUUGUCAAACCCAUUUCCAGUGAAUCUGCCAUUGAGCUGGCAGACAUUCAGCAAAUCCUGAAGAUGGCAUCCUCAGUUCCUCCCCAGAUUAGUCUUCCACCACUCUCUAAGGCCCCUGCUGCCCCCAUGCAGUCUAUUUUCAAACACAUGCCCCCACUGAAGCCAAAGCCCCUGGUCACUCCUCGGACAGUUGUUGCCACCUCUACCCCCCCACCCCUGAUCAGCGCCCAGCAGGCCUCACCAGGCUGUAUCAGCCCUAGCCUUCCCCCUCCACCAUUGAGGCUGAUCAAAAACUCUGUGGAAGCGGCCUCCAACUCCCACCUGCUGCAGUCCAAGUCUGGGGCCAAGCUGAGUCCGUCAACACAGCUCUUCCUACAGCCUCGGGGAGAGGCAUCGGGUCAGCCAGAGAUGAAGACUCAGCUAGAGCAGGACAGCAUCAUCGAGGCCCUGCUGCCCUUGAACAUGGAGGCCAAAAUCAAGCAAGAAGUGACUGAAGGGGAACUCAAGGCCAUCAUUGCUGGAGCAGCCAGCAAGAAGACACAAGCCAUGCGCAAGGUCCUUUACCCCUGCCGCUUCUGCGACCAAGUGUUUGCCUUCUCGGGCGUCCUACGUGCUCAUGUCCGCUCCCAUCUGGGCAUCUCCCCUUAUCAGUGUAACAUCUGUGACUACAUCGCUGCUGACAAAGCUGCCCUCAUCCGGCACCUGCGCACACACAGCGGCGAGAGGCCUUACAUCUGCAAGAUCUGCCAUUAUCCCUUCACCGUGAAGGCCAACUGUGAGCGGCACCUGAGAAAGAAGCACCUCAAAGCCACCCGGAAGGAGAUCGAGAAGAACAUCGAGUACGUUUCCAGCAAUGCUGCCGAGAUGGUUGAUGCCUUCUGCUCCCCGGACACAGUGUGCCGCCUCUGUGGUGAGGACCUGAAGCACUACCGGGCCCUGCGCAUCCAUAUGAGGACCCACAGCGGAGGGGCCGCGGGCUGCCACAAGGGGCGGAAACCCUUUGAGUGCAAGGAGUGUGGCACCGCCUUCUCCACCAAGCGAAACUGUGUUCACCAUAUCCUCAAACAGCACCUUCAUGUGCAGGAGCGAGAGAUCGAGAACUAUGUCCUUGCAGUGGACUGUGGUGGGGGUCCUCGGGAAGCCCAGGCCCCAGAGACCUCCAUGCUACUCGAGGAUGGUGGCUGUGGUGCCUAUGGGGAUCGAAAGCCCCUUACUGCCUUCCUGGAGCCCCAGAAUGGAUUCCUUCGAGGGGCUACUCAGCAGCCCCUGCCUCCCCACAUCUCUAUCAAGCUGGAACCUACAAGCAACUUCUCGAUGGACUUCAACGAGCCCCUUGACUUCUCACAGAAAGGAAAGGGCUUGGCCUUAGUCCAAGUGAAGCAAGAGAACUCCUCUUUCCUUGGUUCCUCUCCUUAUGACUGUUCCAUGGAACCCAUUGAUCUAUCCAUCCCCAAGAGCCUUCGGCGAGAUAAGGAUACAACAGUGCCAGGUGAAGCCAAAAAGCAAGAGCCAGGACCCAGCUGUAGUGACCAGCUCUAUGCCUGUCCACCACCUUGCCCUGCCCUGCCUGUGACUUUUGGAGCCAAUGGGAGUUUGGAGAAGCCAGCUGUGACAACAGCAGCGACCGCCACUGCCACCACCAAUCUUCCACAUCCUGCCCAGCCCCUUCAGGGCCCACUCCACCUUGCUGUCCCGAUCAUCUCCCCAGCCCUCCUGAGCAAUUCGGCCCUGCUGCGCCCUCUUCGGCCCAAACCACCCCCACUCUUGCCAAAGCCUCCUGUGACAAAGGAGCUGCCACCUCUGGCUUCCAUUGCCCAGAUAAUCUCAUCUGUGUCGUCAGCCCCUGCCUUGUUGAAGACUGAGGUGUCAGACCCCACACCCAAGACCACCAACAAUGCUGUGGUCCCUGAGAAGCUAGGUGGCACAAAGCAGAAGACUGCAGCCAUCACCACCACAGGCAGCCCCAAAGAGCCCAGUGACCCGUCUCUCCAGGCCAGCAGUCCUGGUGCUACCUCUUCCAUGGAGCAGGGGUCAGCUGGUCUGUCCAAGAAGAGGGGUCGAAAGAGGGGGACCAAGAACCGGCCCAAGACAAACAGCGGCAGUGUGGAUUUGGAGUCCAGUGGGGAGUUUGCCAGCAUUGAGAAGAUGUUGGCCACCACAGAUACCAACAAGUUUAGUCCAUUCCUCCAGUCUGCUGAAGAUGAUGUCAAAGAGGAACCCAUGCCCUCUGACCAGAAUGGGCCUAGUGAUGAUGAGCAGGAUGGUCCUGAUGACAAGCUCCUGAAGGGGAAGCGGAAUUCUUACUCUACCUGCCUGCAAAAGAUCAGCUGUCCCUACUGUCCCCGAGUGUUUCCAUGGGCCAGUUCCCUCCAGCGACACAUGCUUACACACACUGGUCAGAAGCCCUACCCUUGUCAAAAAUGCGACGCCUUCUUUUCUACCAAAUCUAACUGUGAACGGCACCAAUUGCGCAAACACGGAGUUGCCAACUGCUCCCUGAGAAGAAACGGGCUUAUCCCCCAGUCAAAAGAAAGUGAUGUUGGAUCUCAUGAUAGCACAGAUAGCCAGUCAGACCCAGAGAUACCAGUUACAGGCAAUGAAGUGCUUGACCUCACCUCAAGGGAAAAAGAUCAACAGCAAUCAGAGGGUGCUCCUGAAGACAGCCAGGAAACAAAAGGCCAUCCCACAGAAGAGGUAAAGGAGAAGAUAUCCUCACCUGAGGGAGGAGAAGAGGGAGCAGAGGAUCAACGGGAAGAAGAGGAGGGAGAAGAAGAGAAGGAGGGUAUGGAAGAAAAACAGGAGGAUACAGAAGGCCUAGAGGAAGAUUCUGUCAGCAACAAGAGUCUGGAUCUCAACUUUGCCAGCAAGCUGAUGGACUUCAAACUGGCCGAGAGCGACCCUGGAGUGCCUGGUAGCAGAAGCCCUUCUGAGCAGGAUAAGAAGCAUGCCUGUGACAUCUGUGGGAAGAGCUUCAAGUUCCCUGGAACCUUAACGCGCCACAAGAAAGCCCACACUCACGAAGAACAGAAGGAGGAGAAAGCCAGUGAGGAAGAGGCCAAGAGCGGUGGCGCUGAGGAGGCCACCAGCCCCGCUGCUGCAGAGCCAGCCCUUGACCAGGAUGAAAGCCCAGUGGACUUAAAGGUGGUAGAAUCCCCAUCUGGGGGCGAAGUCCCUGGUGGGAGGGAAAAUGAGGAGAGUGAGAGUGUCUCUGAAGGGGAGGGUGCCUCAGAGAGGAAGUCCUCAGAGAAGAGCGACGAUGACAAGAAACCAAAGACAAACGGGACAAAGAGUAUCAUAACCAAGGCUGACAAGAGGAAGAAAGUCUGCACAGUGUGUAAUAAGAGAUUCUGGUCCCUGCAAGACCUGACGAGACACAUGAGGUCCCAUACAGGGGAAAGACCUUAUAAAUGUCAGACCUGUGAGCGGACCUUCACCUUGAAGCACAGCCUGGUUCGUCAUCAGCGUAUCCAUCAGAAAGUAAAAAACACAAGGCACCAUGGGAAGGAAAGUGACAAGGAAGAUCGGGGUGAGGAUGACAGUGAGAAUGAGUCCAUCCACAGUGGCAACAAUCCACUCUCAGAAAACGAGGGAGACUCCACUCCAAAUGUUAACAGUCAUUCCGCCAUUACUCGAAGCCGGAGAGAGAGCUUGGCCAACGCAGCCAAGGAUUCAGGUCGUCAGGAGGAGAAAUCGGGUGGAAGGACGACUGGUGUUUGUCUAGCAGAGUCCAGCAAAAAUGCCCAGAAGCUGGCUGCGGGGGCCAGCACAAAGGAGCAGGAGUCUCAGGGUAGCGCAGAUCGUGAGAGCCCAUCGGGCUUCAUUCAGGAUCUGUUGGACAUGCACAGCAAGAGGCCUCCUGCGAACCACAUUCUUGCCUCUUCAGAUAGUGCACCCCAGCUUGUGGGAAUGGAAUGACUCAGGGGAAGUGGCCCAGUUACCCGUCUGUCCCCAGCACAUAGACUAAAGCCAGCAGAGCAAAAGUACCCCAAAUCUGUAGCACACUGGAUUUCCUCAGUGACUCCAGUUGUCGGGGAGUGAAAGAGAGAGAGGGAGAGAGGGAAAGGAAGAAAAGAAGUAUGGCAGACUGACUCCAGUGCCAUAGCCCUUUCAGUAUAACGAUGCAAGAGACUACAGGAUAUACUGAUUCCGAGUGCCUUACUACUUUAUUAAAUCUUUUGGUAUCAUUGACCUUUUUUUUUUUUUUUCAAAAUGAUUUUUAAAAAAAAAAUAUUUUAAUGAAUUAUUUGGAGAGGACCUUUUUCAUUUAAGCAUUAAUGUUACCUUUUUGUAUUGGUGUGCGUGAGCCUGUUCGCGUGGAACUUUGAUAGUUGCCGUGUUUUGUUCUGUGAGCCGGAAAUGGGGAAAAGAAACCAAUGCCCUUGGAUACCACAGCUAAUAACUGGAAGAAAAUGAUGUGAAUUUCAUGUACCAGAGGAAAACUUGGAUGAGAUGUUAAUUUCUCAGAGACAUUUUUGUACUUACUACAUGGUGGAGCUCUAAUCUGGUUCCAGGUAUUAAGACAAGUGGUUGAUGAAGGUAUUCAAAAUUGGUUCAAGCCAAAACCAGGAAAGAUGCUAGCUUCAACCUCGUACUUGUUUCCACUCUUUUCGGCAUUAGAAAUGGUGUUAUUGUUCAAUGUUUUAAGACUUCUUUUUUUUCCUGGACUGAGCAUACAGAGAAGAGUUACCUUAGCAACUUAACCUAUGGAAAUUAUGCACAGCUGUCAUAUGUUUGAUUUUUCUUUUUUUUUUUGCUUCAAUAUAUGUAUUAUUAUUAUUAUUGUUAUUAUUAUUAUUAUUAUUAUUAUUUUAAAAUUCAUCAGUUGCUAGUCUCUGCAGUCAGCAGAAACCAAUGGGCAAUAUUUGUCCGCGGAGAUCUAUGAUGCAGCUUUGGAUCCCUGUGUAAAUGUUUGAUUACAGCUUUCACUAGUUCACUAGCCCUCACAUUGCAGUUCUUCUACUGAACCUAAAUGAACCCUUCCUUCCUUAGUGACUGGAGAAAUAAAGUGGAGGCCAACCAGUAAUCACCACCAAUGUACAGGGGAACAUCUCAGCAGUGAGUGAGAGAGAGAGAGAAAGAGAGCAUGCUCUUUGGAGUAUGUGUAUGCAUGCAAACAAAUGCACUCCCAUGGGGAGGUGUUAGAGGUAAUGGGAUGAGAGGGACCUCCAAGUGCAUCAGGAAAGCACUGCAAAGAAUAUUUGUGGAAAGAAAGGCAGUGAUGAAAUCUGUUACUCACAAAUAAGGUAUUCAGUCUUCCAGCUCAAUGAAACGCAAGCCUUAACCCACUUUUGCUACUGUCCUGUUUGCAAAGCAAGGAAAUACUACUACUGGUAAUAAAGCUCCAAGUACAGUUUAGGCUGGUGCUUGAAGAUGAACAUGUCAUUUCUGAUUCCCUCUCAAGAAUCUGAACCCCUAGAUGCAGAGAGGAAGAAUUUCUUAGAGGUAUCACCCAUGUAGGCAGUGGAAUUCACUGCAGUCACCAACAUCGAGGGGUAGAAAAAAAUGUAUCCUACUGUAGCUGGGCUCAUGCUCAGCACCUUUUUUUGUCCUUCAGUUGUGACCUCUAGGACAUAGAGCCAAUAGUAUUGCCAGGGAUGCCCUGUGCCGUUCCUCCACUUGAACCCUCUUCCCCCUCUCCCACUGCAACGACAGCUGCAGCCCUUCCCACCUCUUCUUCCUUCAUUUCCUUUCUAAGAUUUCUUCCUCUUUUUGGCCUUAAACCACCCUCCCUCUUUCCCUGUGUUUGUAUAUAUGUAGACACAUAAGUAUACAUCUUUUUUUUUUUUUUUAAUUUUUGUCCUCUAAUUCUUCACCAAUUCCUGGAGGUGGAAACUCAACUGCCCAGACUUCACAAAGGAAGAUCGAUGUUCUUGGGAUAAUGAAAAGUGAUAUGAAAAGAAAAAAGGUUAAGAUGCAUGAUUUUUUUAAAAAAAAAUAUAUUGGGGAUGUCUGAACCAGUUUACAAACAAGUUUUUACUCCAGAGAAAAAUCAGAACCAGUGAUUACCUUUCCAACUUAAACUCUAGAAUCAAAAUCCAAUUCAUAAUCUUCCCUUCAUUUGAUUUACUUGUUGUUAUGUUAUUGUUUGGGGUUUUGCGUUGGUUUUGUUUUUUGUUUUUUUUUGGUCGGUUUGUUUAUUACUUUUGUGACUCUCCACACUAAACUGCGCAAUAUUGUGGGGGGAAAGCCAUCACUAAUCUCUGUGCUGCAGUGAGAUGUAGCAGACCACCAGCUCCCAGCAGUGCCGCCGGGACGACAGCUAGCAAUAAUCACUAUUGAUCUAAAGCUUUACUUAGUCUUUAUAUUCUAGUAGAUGAUAAAGUCUUGCCACAUUUUUUUUGACAUUUUUAUUAGUUGAAUUUGAAGAUUUGUUGCUGUUUGUUGGUCUCCCUCCCUUUGCCCCUUCCCGCUCCCAAUAUUAAACUGUGAAGUUUAUAAUGUGUUUAAACUAUGGGUGAAUCUUAGACUUAGUUUGCAUGUUCAGCUAAUUUGUCUCUCUACAUUUUGUUUGAUUCUUUUUUUUUCCUCUCAGGGCUUUUACAAAAAAAAAAUGGAUCUUCUGAAAUUUUUUUUGUGUCUGAGGUGCAAGUUUUUUUUUGUUUUGUUUUGUUUUUUGAUUAAUGGACUUAAUGCUGAGAUAAUUCAAUCACUACAUUAAACACUUGACUGUGAAGCAAAGCAGAGAAAACUCUGUGGGGCUAUUUUUUCUAAUAGCUUUGGGGAGCUACAUGACAGUCGAAUGCCAGUUUCAGAAAGAUUCAUCGUAUUCUCUGACCCUUGUUUGUCUGUAUCCUCUUUCCCUCUCUUUCUUCAAGAAGGAAGUUAAUCUUAGUGAUUUCAGCCCAUGCAUUAAACAGGAAACAAUAAUAAAUGUGUAGAAUUCAUAUUUUUUCUAAAGGGAACUUAAAACUGCUGCUACAAGUUGUGUACAAAACUGGUCUAUGCCACAUGAACAGAGAAUCACAAGUUUUGUUUUGGUACUUUUUAUUCCUCUUUUUAUUUAGUUGUACAGUACUUCCAAAUUCAGAAUGAAAGUUAAGCUGUUCUGUAUUGAACCAUCUAAGCAAUAAAAUGUUAUAUUUAAAAAUUACA